AGUGAGAUGAUCAACAUGAUUUUGGUUUUUGGAGACAUUGAGAAAAUGUCAGGUGCUUCGUUUUUGCUUCUCACUCACCUUGUCCAAAUAUCAAAACUGUAUGUUUUUAUUUUUCACAAAUCAAAAGUGAGACGACUUAUUGACAGUAUUAAUCGAGAAGAAUUUCGACCAAAAAAUCAAGAACAAUACGAAUAUCUUGUCAAUGAUAUUAGGUCGUCUAGACUUGUAACAAUUUUAUUUCUCUUUGCGGGUUUUGCGACUUGUGCUCUCUGGGCAAUAUUCCCCUUUUUGAAUAAGAAGGAAAAAACGGUAAAGUUGCCAUUAAGUGGAUGGUUUCCGUUUGAUACGACCAAAUUUCCAAUUUUUGAAUUUGCUUUUGUGUAUCAAACUGUGGGUGCGUUGGUUAAUGGGUUGGGGAAUAUUAGCAUUGAUACGUUUUUAUCGGGGAUUAUAAUGGUUGUUUCUGGACAAUUGAAAAUAUUAAAUAAUUCGCUUCAAACCCUGAAACUGGACUACAAAGCAAAAUCCAGAGAAAAUCGUCAGAAGUUAAUUCAAAAUGUUAUUCAUCAUCAAGGUAUAAUACAUUUCGCACAAGAAAUGACUGGGCUUUUUACUACCUGUAUAAUGAGCCAAUUUGUGGUCAGUGUAAUAAUAAUUUGUAUUACAAUGUUCCAAAUGAGUUUGGUGUCACCACUGAGUUUACAAUUUUUGUCAAUGGCUCUGUAUCAAACCUGUAUGAUUACAGAAAUAUUUCUUUGGUGCUAUUACGGCAACGAAAUAAUACUACAAAGUAACAAGCUUACACAGUCGGUUUAUAUGAGCCAAUGGUUGGAUUUCCCAAAGGAAUUUAAAAAAGAUUUGUUGUUUUUUAUGACUCGUUCACAAAAGCCACUUAAACUUUAUGCUGGAGGUUAUUUUACAUUGUCUUUAGAAACUUUUAUGGCCAUUGUAAAAUCGAGUUGGUCGUAUUUUGCAGUUUUAAACAGAGUUCAUACUAUGAAGGGAACAGUAAAGAGAUUUUUUAAAAUAAAUUUACUAAUAAUGCAGCUGUUAGGGUUUUAUCCCCCUAAUAAAUAUAAAAAUAUUUACAAAAUAUACGCUUAUGCUGUAUAUGUAUUUUUAACAAUUCCAGUGCCAACACUAGCAGGAAUUCAUUUGUUGGUUACUGAAAAUGUGGAUUUGGUUCAAGUGUGUGACAGUUCAUUUAUAAUUUUUCAAGUCGGAUGUUUUAUUUUUAAACUAAUUCCUUUCAUAUUUAUUGUGGAUAAAGUCAGGGAAAGCAUUUACAUGAUGGAAUGGCAAAUCUUAAACAACUACACCAAACAACAAGAAGUUAUAAUUAACAAUUGCGUAAAAAUCUGCAAAAGAAACACUUGGCUGUUUUUGGGAUUUUGCGUACUUUCUGUGAUUACAUGGGCUUCGACGCCAUUUUUCGGAAGUGUUCAUAAGUUUCCCAUUACAAUUUGGUUGCCUUUUGAUGCAACAGCAGACACAAAAUCUUAUGUUUUAGUGUUUGUGUUUAUUGUGUUGGGUGUUGGAAACGGUGCAAUGUCUAAUGGCGUAAUUGAUCCUCUAGUGUCUGGAAUGGCUUAUUUUGCCACAGUUCAAUUGAGGUUGUUAAAAGACAACUUGCAAAAUUUGAGUGAAUAUGCAGAAGAAGAAUUUGUUGCAAAUUUUUCUCACACCAGGAGUUUAAUCAACAAAAAUGAUAUAAUAAACUAUAUUAUCUAUGAUAAUAUCAAAAAGUGUAUAGAUCAUCACAAUGCGAUUCUAAGAUUUGUACAAUACUAUGAAAAUGUUUAUUCAUCAGUGGUUUUUACUCAAUUCACUGCAUCAGUUAUUGUAGUCUGUGUUUCUUGUUUACAGUUAAUUAUGGUUGAACCCUUUACUUUUAAUUUCUUUGGCAUGAUUACAUUUCUUUUAACGAUGCUCUUAGAAAUUUUUUUGUAUUGUUACUUUGGAUCAACUUUAUACGAAGAAAGCAACAGCUUGACAAAUGCUGUUUGUAUGGGAAAAUGGUACAACUAUGACUUGCAAUCUAAAAAAUUGUUAAUAAUUUUAAUGGAGCGUUCAAAAAAACCUAUAGUUGUUACAGCUGGAAAAAUAUUGGAUUUAUCACUUGUUACUUUUACUACGAUUAUUCGACGAGCUUACUCAUUACUUGCAGUUCUCAACAAUUAUCAAUAGUAAUACCCCGAGUGCAAGUCAAGUUGACG